GAAGCGCUUGGCACGAGCGCUCUGCGGGACCCAGCCUCCUGGCUCGUCCGGAUCUGUGCCCGCUGCUGCGGAAGGAGCCAAGGGGAGGACGCCUGCGGCUGCUUACUGGAGUCUGGAGGAAAAUGGAAACAUCAUUCACUUGAAAGAGUUGGAGUUUCCAGAUCCAGAACCAUUGACAAAUAGGACAGGAUACAGGCAAAAGGAUGCAUAACCUAUGAUAAAAGGAAAAUCCGAAGCAUUCAUUUAAAGAUCAAUCCUGAGUGGAAUUUGACAGAAGAUGUUACAGCAGUUUUGUCUUUGGAAGUGCAUAGCUUCAGGGAUUGUUUUAGGCUCUCUCUUGGCAGUCUGCAUGGGCCAGUAUGAUGAUGAUUGCAAACUAGCUAGGGGAGGACCACCUGCUACCAUAGUUGCUAUUGAUGAAGAGAGUCGAAAUGGUACGAUUCUGGUGGAUAACAUGUUGAUCAAAGGGACUGCGGGAGGACCAGAUCCCACCAUAGAACUGUCUCUGAAGGACAACGUGGAUUACUGGGUGUUGUUGGAUCCUAUUAAGCAGAUGCUUUUCCUGAACAGCACAGGAAGAGUUCUGGAUAGAGAUCCACCAAUGAACAUACACUCAAUUGUGGUGCAAGUCCAGUGCAUUAACAAGAAAGUGGGCACAGUUAUUUACCAUGAAGUUCGAAUCGUGGUGAGAGACAGGAACGACAACUCACCCACAUUCAAGCAUGAAAGCUACUAUGCCACGGUGAAUGAGCUUACUCCAGUUGGUACCACAAUAUUUACAGGAUUUUCAGGAGACAAUGGAGCUACAGAUAUAGAUGAUGGUCCAAAUGGACAGAUAGAAUAUGUUAUUCAAUAUAAUCCAGAUGAUCCGACAUCCAAUGACACCUUUGAAAUUCCACUCAUGUUAACUGGAAAUGUGGUAUUAAGAAAAAGACUAAACUAUGAAGAUAAGACUCGCUACUAUGUCAUCAUCCAAGCUAAUGACCGUGCACAAAAUCUGAAUGAACGGCGAACCACCACCACCACCCUCACAGUGGAUAUUCUGGAUGGAGAUGACUUGGGUCCAAUGUUUCUCCCUUGUGUCCUUGUGCCAAACACUCGUGAUUGUCGACCACUUACCUAUCAAGCUGCCAUACCUGAGCUAAGAACUCCGGAAGAACUCAACCCCAUCAUCGUGACGCCACCCAUCCAAGCAGUUGAUCAGGACCGGAACAUUCAGCCACCAUCAGAUAGGCCAGGCAUCCUCUAUUCCAUCCUUGUUGGGACUCCUGAAGAUUACCCACGAUUUUUUCAUAUGCAUCCAAGGACCGCAGAACUUAGUCUCCUGGAGCCAGUAAACAGAGACUUUUAUCAGAAAUUUGAUUUGGUUAUUAAGGCUGAACAGGACAAUGGUCAUCCUCUUCCUGCUUUUGCCAGCCUACAUAUUGAAAUACUGGAUGAAAAUAAUCAGAGCCCAUAUUUUACAAUGCCCAGUUAUCAAGGCUAUAUCCUGGAAUCUGCCCCAGUUGGAGCCACCAUUUCUGACAGUCUGAAUUUGACCACUCCGCUAAGAAUAGUAGCUCUGGACAAGGAUAUUGAAGAUACCAAAGACCCAGAGCUUCACCUCUUUUUGAAUGAUUACACUUCAGUCUUCACUGUCACACAGACUGGUAUCACUCGCUACCUCACCUUACUUCAACCAGUGGACAGGGAAGAACAGCAAACUUACACCUUUUCGAUAACAGCAUUUGAUGGAGUACAAGAAAGUGAGCCAGUUAUUGUUAAUAUCCGGGUCAUGGAUGCCAAUGAUAAUACUCCAACCUUCCCUGAAAUAUCUUAUGAUGUCUAUGUCUACACAGAUAUGAAAGCUGGGGACAGUGUCAUACAGCUCACUGCAGUCGACGCAGAUGAAGGGUCAAAUGGGGAGAUCACAUAUGAAAUCCUAGUUGGGGCUCAGGGAGACUUCAUCAUCAAUAAAACAACAGGACUUAUCACCAUCGCCCCAGGAGUGGAAUUGAUAGUCGGGCAGACUUAUGCACUCACUGUCCAAGCAGCGGAUAAUGCUCCUCCUGCGGAGAGAAGGCACUCCAUCUGUACUGUGUAUAUUGAAGUGCUUCCUCCAAAUAACCAAAGCCCUCCCCGCUUCCCGCAGCUGAUGUAUAGCCUUGAAAUUAGCGAAGCCAUGAGAAUUGGUGCUGUUUUAUUAAAUCUACAGGCAACGGAUCGAGAGGGGGACCCAAUUACAUAUGCCAUUGAGAAUGGAGAUCCUCAAAGAGUUUUUAAUCUUUCAGAAACUACGGGGAUUCUUACCUUGGGGAAAGCACUGGACAGGGAAAGUACUGACCGCUAUAUUCUCAUCGUCACAGCUACAGAUGGCAGGCCUGACGGGACAUCAACUGCUACUGUGAAUAUAGUGGUGACAGAUGUCAAUGACAAUGCUCCAGUCUUUGACCCCUAUCUACCGAGAAAUCUGUCUGUGGUGGAGGAAGAAGCCAAUGCCUUCGUAGGCCAAGUGAGGGCAACAGACCCUGAUGCUGGAAUCAAUGGUCAAGUGCACUACAGCUUGGGCAACUUCAACAAUCUCUUUCGCAUUACAUCCAAUGGAAGCAUCUAUACAGCAGUGAAGCUUAACAGAGAAGUAAGGGACUACUAUGAACUUGUUGUUGUGGCAACUGAUGGGGCCGUACACCCUCGUCAUUCAACUCUAACGCUGGCCAUCAAGGUUUUGGAUAUUGAUGAUAACAGUCCUGUGUUCACCAACUCAACAUAUACUGUGGUCGUUGAAGAGAACCUGCCAGCUGGAACCACCUUCCUUCAAAUAGAGGCCAAAGAUGUUGACCUUGGAGCAAAUGUAUCGUAUCGGAUAAGAAGCCCUGAAGUGAAGCAUUUGUUUGCACUACAUCCAUUUACCGGAGAACUCUCUCUUUUAAGGAGUUUGGACUAUGAGUCAUUUCCAGACCAGGAAGCAAGUAUCACAUUUCUAGUGGAGGCCUUUGAUAUAUAUGGAACAAUGCCACCUGGUAUUGCUACUGUCACAGUGAUUGUAAAGGAUAUGAAUGAUUAUCCUCCAGUAUUUAGUAAGCGGAUCUAUAAAGGGAUGGUUGCUCCAGAUGCCGUCAAGGGCACACCUAUCACAACUGUUUAUGCUGAAGACGCAGACCCGCCUGGAUUACCUGCCAGUCGUGUGAGGUAUAGAGUAGAUGAUGUCCAGUUUCCUUAUCCUGCAAGUAUUUUUGAUGUAGAAGAAAAUUCUGGAAGAGUAAUAACUCGAGUCAAUCUUAAUGAAGAACCAACAACUAUUUUUAAGUUGGUGGUUGUUGCUUUUGAUGAUGGUGAGCCUGUAAUGUCCAGCAGUGCCACAGUAAAGAUUCUUGUCUUGCAUCCUGGAGAAAUCCCACGCUUUACUCAAGAGGAAUAUAGACCUCCACCAGUAAGUGAACUUGCUACCAGAGGAACUGUGGUUGGUGUUAUUUCUGCUGCUGCCAUCAAUCAGAGUAUUGUGUAUUCCAUUGUUUCAGGAAAUGAAGAGGAUAAAUUUGGAAUUAAUAACAUCACAGGAGUUAUCUACGUUAAUGCUCCUCUGGAUUAUGAGACAAGAACAAGCUAUGUACUCAGAGUCCAAGCUGACUCCCUGGAAGUGGUCCUUGCCAAUCUCCGGGUUCCUUCAAAAAGCAAUACAGCCAAAGUGUAUAUAGAAAUUAAGGAUGAAAAUGAUCAUCCCCCAGUAUUUCAAAAAAAAUUCUAUAUUGGAGGUGUAUCUGAAGAUGCAAGAAUGUUUGCUUCUGUGCUCAGAGUUAAGGCUACCGAUAAGGAUACUGGAAAUUACAGUGCCAUGGCAUACAGACUCAUAAUACCACCGAUCAAAGAGGGAAAAGAAGGAUUUGUGGUAGAAACAUAUACAGGACUUAUCAAAACUGCCAUGCUCUUCCAUAAUAUGAGGAGAUCCUACUUCAAGUUUCAAGUAAUAGCAACUGAUGACUAUGGGAAGGGACUAAGUGGCAAAGCAGAUGUACUUGUCUCUGUGGUCAAUCAGCUGGAUAUGCAAGUCAUUGUUUCUAAUGUGCCUCCUACUCUAGUGGAAAAAAAGAUAGAAGAUCUUACAGAGAUUUUGGAUCGCUAUGUUCAGGAGCAAAUUCCUGGUGCCAAGGUUGUAGUGGAGUCCAUUGGUGCUCGCCGGCAUGGAGAUGCCUUUUCUCUAGAAGAUUAUACCAAAUGUGACUUGACUGUCUAUGCAAUAGAUCCCCAAACCAACAGAGCCAUCGACAGAAAUGAGCUUUUUAAAUUUUUGGAUGGCAAACUGCUCGAUAUCAAUAAAGACUUUCAGCCGUAUUAUGGGGAAGGUGGACGCAUUCUGGAGAUCCGGACGCCAGAGGCAGUGACCAGCAUUAAAAAACGAGGAGAAAGUCUAGGCUACACAGAAGGGGCAUUGCUAGCUCUGGCCUUCAUCAUCAUCCUCUGCUGUAUUCCUGCCAUCUUGGUGGUCUUGGUCAGCUACAGACAGUUCAAAGUACGCCAAGCUGAGUGCACCAAGACAGCACGAAUCCAAUCUGCAUUACCUGCAGCUAAACCAGCAGUGCCAGCUCCAGCACCUGUGGUGGCACCCCCGCCGCCACCACCACCGCCUCCGGGUGCCCAUCUCUAUGAAGAACUUGGGGACAGCACGAUUUGGAGUUUUUGUUGGCAGCUGGUCAUAUGCAUGAGAACUUGUGCUAUUUGGCGGACUCUGACAAGGAGAGGUUUUACAUCAGAGCAACAACAACUGCUGAGGCCUUCUCUCCUUAAACCUGAGGAGUUAUCCAUGGAGUCUGGAAUUGAUCCUGGCCAGGAAUAUGGACAAGAUUAUUACAGUUAUGAGCAUGGGUAUGAAAUGCCUCAAUACGGAAGUCGCCGUCGUUUGUUACCACCUGUUGGACAAGAGGAGUAUGGUGAGGUAGUUGGUGAAGCUGAAGAAGAAUACGAGGAGGAAGAGUGGGCCAGAAAAAGAAUCAUCAAGUUAGUUGUUGAUCGAGACUAUAAAACUAGCUCAGCUGAAGAAGACAGUGCUCCAGACAGUCAGAGGAACCGUCUUCACCAUCCUAAUAUCAAUGGCAAUAUAUAUAUUGCACAGAAUGGUUCUGUGGUGAGAACCCGUCGUUCCUGCCUCACUGAAAACUUGAAAAUUUCUUCCCCUGUCCGACUGGGGAGGCACUUUAAGAAACUAGACAAAUUGGCAGUCACGCAGGAGGAGAAUGUUCCCCUGAAUACACUAUCCAAGGGGCCAUUUGCUACUGAGAAAAUGAAUACUAGAUCAACUCUUGUUACAUUUGCCCCUUGUCCAGUGGGCACUGACAGUACAGUAAAGAAACCAUUGGGGAAUAGGCUGAAAAGCACAGUUGAACAGGAAUCUAUGAUUGACAAUAAGAAUAUUAUUAAAGAGUCUCUGGAGUUUCACAGUGAUCACACACAGACAGAUGACGAAGAGCUUUGGAUGGGUCCAUGGAACAAUCUCCAUAUACCAAUGACAAAGUUAUAAUCAGAUUUUUAAAAACAUGAUUUUAAUUUUUACUUCAGUUUUUAAUAGACUUGACUUUUUAUUGUCACUGAGAAAACAAUGUAUGAAAUUUAUAUCAUGCUCACAAGCUAAAACUUUGAAUAUGCUUUAAAAAGAGAUUUGCACUCACAUUUGUAUCAAUUAAUUGUUCUACCCCCGAAUGUUUCAGACAGACUCAGUUCACUAAGUAGCAUAUCAUUUAAUCAUUUAGAUAUUUUUGUUGAGUCUAUUUUUUCAUUUUAAUAAAUAAUUUACUAAGUAACCAUUUAUAUUUUGUUUUGAACAUGUUGCUCUUCAUUUAUAGUUCUACAGCAGAAUAUUUUUGGCACAUGUAAUUUUACUUUUCAUAAAAAAAUGAGAAAAUUUAUAUCAGAAGAUUUUUCAGGUAAUGGGUUUAUACAGUUGCUAUCUAUAUUGUCCUGAUUUUUUAAAUGUUCUGAAUGUAUUACAAAGUGAAGUAAAUGUGGGAAUCUUCUACAAAUCGUUUAGAACCAUAAGCCUAUUUUCCUUAUUGUCCAAUAUAGAGUUUAUAUAUGUAUAUUUUGACCUAAAACACAUGAAGUCACAUUGUUGCAUAAAUAUCAUUUACAAUUUACCCUGAUGCCCUUUCUCCAUAUAUAGUCUGCCAGUGUCAGGCAUAAUAGGAAUAGGGAAUUAAGUUUAGCCAUUUGAAGUUAAAUAACUAUUUGGAACAUUAUAGUGAUCUCUCUUAACAAAAGGUUACAGAGAGAUUGGAAUGGGUCAAAUAGGCAAUAAUACAUCUACAACCAACCACAUUUUCAGUAUUGAAAAUGUAGUAAAACCACAGAGCUCUCACAUAAAUGUCACUGGACUUGAAUGUUUUAUAUACUCACAUAAGAGAAAUUUGCAGGGUGAAUAAUUUGUAUAAAUGUUAAAUUCCAGUAAAUAUUACAAAUUCAUAGUUUUAAGUGCAGUAUUCCAUUUCUCCUUGUUCACGUUUAUUUAUGGUUAUAGGUUAUAGCAUAUAACCGGGAAAUGAAGGCCUGAGUAUUUUUAGCAAAGGAUAGACUUGAAUUUUCAUAAUUGAGUGGAGCACAGUGUUACAAUGUUUUACUAUUAACAGAAACAACACAAAUUAUCUUUUUAAAAAAAUUACCAAAGGUUGACUUGUGUUUUGCAUAUUCUCCAGAUGUGAAAGGUAUAAAAUAAUAGAAUAGAGUAAUCCAGAAUUUUAUUGAAUAUGACUUAAUAACAUAUAUCUCACCAGAAAUUUUGCACGGUAUUAUCCAAGUUCUAAUUUCAAUAAAAUCCUCUCAUGAAUGAAAUUCUACAGUUUUAAGAUUGAAUACAGCAUUGCAAUUAUAAAGUUCCAUUCAUGUUCAAUAUUUUAAAUGUUCAGUCAUUUAUUCCAAUACUUUAAAUGUAAAUUAUGACUAACUUAAAAUCAUCAACAUAUGAGCAGUGUGUUUUUUUAUUUCAGAUUUCAAAUGUGAGAUUAAGUACAGUAACAUCUCAUUUAUCUGAAAUCCUGGAAAUUGUUUCUGUUCUUGCUUAAAAAGGCAUCAACAUUAACUGGGAGCUUAUUAUUAAUGUGGAAUUCUACUCACACUCUCAGGUCUACAAAUAAGAAUUGCAUAUUUUCAAAAGAUCCCAGAAUGAAUAUUAAAUUUUGGAAAGUGGUUACCUAUAACCUUGAACUGCUGGACUUACACCUUGUUGCAUCAAAGUGAUCAUUUUCAGUAUAAAGUAUUUGACAUUCAGUUUCAUAUUCAGUAAAGCAUAUGCCAUAUCUUCAUUAAUUGAAUCAGAGAUUGCUAAAUACGGUUCAAUAGUCUUUGAUGUCCCAAGGUCUUGCUCAGUUAUCUUUUUUCACUUCUUACUAAUUUCAGGUUGUAAUUUGUUAAUUUAAUUUUGUCAUAAUGCCUGUCUCUAAAAUUUAUAUUUCAGCUCUUCUAAUCUCCUGGUAAGCAAGUUUGUGUUUUGUUUGCUUGCUUGUUUUGUAUAUGGCUAUUAAGAAAGAAUCUAAAGGUAGUUCAAAUGGUAAGCUCAUGUCACCUCAUGGCUGAUAAACAUCUCUGAGUGUGGCCCUCUGCCCCCUGAGUGCUAUGGGUAAGCCAGUCUGAAGUGGCCUCACUGCCUAGCUUAUCUCUAUAAGAAAUAACAUUAAACCUGAAGUGGAAAUCAUGCAUAUGGUUUCAAAGACCCUUAUUUGCCAUCAUUGGGAUAUGAUCAUUGUUCUAGAAAUUUAAGUUGGCAGAAGACUAGUGCCUGAUACAUGAGAUGUCACUGCAUUCAAAAGUUCUUUAAAAACAACUCUAAAAGUAUUUUAAGCUACUCACAACAUAUUUUAGCAAUGUCGAACUGAUCUUUUCAGUGAAACUAAUCAUAAAAUUAAUUGGUUUCCAAAUUAGUGGACGCAAUAUAAAGUUGAAAAAUAUAUAUUGCAACCAUGUCAAAGAUUUGUUCCAUGUAUUUAAAAGUAAAAUAUACAUACCAGCAAAAUUAUUGCUAAAUAUUUGAAUCAAAUUGAUUGAAUAACUACUAUGGUAGGACUUUCUCUAAUCUUUAAGACUCUGACUCAGGAUUAAAAUUGUGAAAUUCAGGGGAGAUAUGCAAGUGUAUUUUACCUUAAGGAUACUUAAAAUUUUUAUUUCUGUGUAAAUGUUUAUAAAUAAAUUCAUGUUAUUUCUCCACAAUAUAUACAUAAAUGUUGUUUAUUGUUUUUAACCAGUUUUCAGUUGGGCAUAAGAAAGUAUAUAUCUUGGAUCUAUCUUGGCUGACAAAGAUGAGAACAAGUGAUAUGACUAAAAUAUUUCUAAAUAUGUUGGUUUUGGAUGAAAUUCAUUCAUUAGCAUUAAAGAAAAGGGAGGAGAAAAAAAGUAUACUAAAGAUGAUAUAGGAUAUUUUUAAUCAAUGACUAUCAAAUCAAAGAUACAAGUAUCUAUUUGACUAAUUUUUAUAAGAUAUAAACUCUGAGAGUUUUCAUGGAAUUAUAACUGUAUGAUGGCCAAAAACAUAUUUGCAAUUCCAGAAAAAGGUUUGCCUUGAAUUUUAUAUGUGAUACAUCAUUCAUUCAAUUAAACCAACUUGGUAACAUGAAUAUAAAAAUGAAUUGUUUAUCCAAUGUGGUUAUUCCAAAUGGGAAAUUAUAUUUACUAUUGAAAAAUAUUGUUUGCAUUAUGCUUCAUAGAAUCAGAAAAAUUGAAUAUUAAUUUUUAAGAACUUUGAUUUUUUUAAGUCUGGCUUUUUAACUUUUUCUGCUUCACUUUCUGUACAUUGUACGUAAGUGGGGCUUGUAUCCACUAAUUAUCUGUACGAUAGGCAGAAAGUGCUAAUAAUGUAUUCUCAGGGCAGAUGCCCAUUGGUGCCUGCAGAUAACACAGCGAUAAGGUUGAGGGAUUCAUUCUAAACAAUAUUAAGAAGCUCUGUUUUGUAUUGAUUGUUUCUUCUUCUCAAGUGAUAACAUGAUUUUUUGUCCUAUAGUUUAUUUCAUUUAUAAUUUUUUUGAACUUGAAUCUUGAUAAAACCAAGCUUUGCUUUUUAGAUUGAAUCUAUUUUUCAUAGAAGUCUACUUUAAAUUUAUGGUAAGUUAAGCACAUAUGGGGAAGAGUUGGACAUUAAAAUCUAAAGAAUUAUCAGCACAUUCACUACUUUCCAAACACUUGUUUUUCCUUAACAGAUAUAUAUUGUUUUCCUGUAUGAAGGAUACAAAUUAAUAAAUUAUGUUUAAUUGCAUUGUUAAUCACUAUAAAAUAUUUCACAAAUAAAUUUCUAU